AUGGGACGUAAGGGGCAUGGAGGGACUUGGCACAUGGAUGCAGCACAACUGGAUACGCAAAGGAAGAAGGAGGAAGCCAUCUUGAAGACCAGCUCGACCAUCUACUCGACCAACCGGUCGAGUUCCUCAACUCGACCGGCCAAGCUUCAACUCGAUCGAGCUGAGAAGUCAACAGUCAAACCCGAAAAAUGUGUAUGCGAACUCGAUCGAGUCGGUCUACAGAGACUUGGUCGAGCUAGACUUACAACGGGUAGAAAGAGGGUUCAGAGGUCACAGAGGGUACAAGAGGAACCUGAGGUGCUUGUUGCUGAUACAAUGGAUGUACCAGAGGGGAAUGGAAACCCUUUGGGCAAUGGACUCGGUCGAGCUAGGCAAACUCGACCGAUUGGUCAAGGAGAUGCUCCAAACCGCCACCAACAGAGACAAGGGAUUGUUCCACCACCAGUGCAGAACCACAACUUUGAGAUCAAGCUGGGAAUGAUCAACCUUGUCCAGAACAAGAUGUUCCAUGGAUUGCCAAGUGAAGACCCCAUUGACCACCUUGAUGAGUUUGAUAGGCUUUGUGAUUUGACAAAGAUCAAUGGUGUCUCUGAAGAUGCCAUCAAGCUGAGACUCUUUCCUAUGUCUCUAGCUGACAAAGCUCACCAAUGGGAGAAGAGCUUGCCCCAUGGCACAAUCACCACUUGGGAUGAAUGCAAGAAGGCCUUUCUUGCUAAGUUUUUCUCCACCGGUCGCACAGCCAAGCUUAGAGGAGAGAUAUCCAGCUUCAUCCAGCGAAACAAUGAGACAUUCGCAGAGGCUUGGGAGAGGUUCAAAGGCUACACAAGUCAGUGCCCACACCAUGGAUUCAACAAUGAAUCACUACUCUCCACUCUUUAUAGAGGAUGCUUGCCUAGGUAUAGGGAGAUGCUAGACACAGCUAGCAAUGGGAACUUCCUCAACCAGGAUGUAGAUGAUGGCUGGCAACUUGUGGAGAACAUGGCCAUAUCAACAGAAUGCUAUGGAGAGCACUAUGAAAUUGGACAAACUGAUCCUAGCCCAAUUCCCUGCCAAGCAUGUCAACUAUGUCUCAGAACAAACCUAGUCAAGGACCAGGAAGGGGAGGAGACAACACAGAGGUUUGCUAUAUUCAAAAUAGACAAGGAAGCUAUAGGAAUCCUCAACAAGGAGAUACAACAAUUAUCCAAGCCCCCUGGCCGCACCAACAACAAUGUUCCACAAGGCUUCAACCAAAGGACUACUCAUACCCAACCAACUCAAGAUUGGGAUAUGAAGGAAAUGCUCCAACAACUCCUACAAGGGCAAGCCAAAGGUUCUCUGGAAAUGAACAACAAGCUGGUUGAGAUACACUCUAAACUAGAGUCAUUGACUUCAAGAGUCCAAAUCAUUGAGUCUUCAAGUGCAUCAUCCUCUUCACCACAAGAGUAUGCCCAAGCAGUUACACUAAGAAGUGGGCGGCAAUUCCCAAGUAGAGGUAGCCCACCCCAAAUCGCUGUGGACAUCGAUGACGAGGAAGGGGAGGAUUUAGUCGAGUAUGCUGAUAACUCGACCCGAACUCGAUCGAGCUGGAACAAAACCCUGAACCAGAACUCGAUCGAGCUGGAGAAACUGAGACACUGCAAGACAAACCAGAGCUCGAUCGAGCAGACAAAGCAAGCUCCAGCCAACCAGCUAAACCUGUUGCAAAGAAGAAAGACACUCCAUCAGGACCACCACCAUACAAACCCCCUCUACCCUUUCCAGGAAGGUUCAAGAAACAACUGUUGGAAGCACACAAGGCCAAGUUUGAUGAACUAA